AUGGGCAACGCGACGGAUCGCUCAGGGAGAGCGAGUUACGCGCAGGUGACGCCUGCUCUCUCUCUGCCGCAUCGAGGCCGAGGGGCGGCGUCUCCGUCUGGCGAGGGCGAGAAAGGCGGACCGGUCGCUCUGUCUCCUCCGCGGUCGAUCUCCUUCAAGGCAGGGACUGGCCCGCGGCUCGGAGAGACAGGCUCUCGGGGGGGCAGCCUGACGGUUGGAUCGGCGAAGAAGAAAGGUCGCGGCGGAAGUCGACGGAAUGUGCAAGCACUCAUUGAGGUUCCUCGCGGCAUCUUCUCACUCCUUGUUAACAUUCUCAUGUACACCCUUCAACAGUUCAUGCUGCUUUAUGUCAUCAUUGCCAAGACGCGCUCUUGGCUUGGACUCCUCUUCCUCGUGUGGGACGUUCCACUGCUGCUCUACAUGUGCUACUCAAUCAAGGCGGACAGCGCCGCCGACUCGUGUACGAGUUCUCGACGCUGCGCCGUCCAGUGGAUGACUUACACGAUCACCGUAGCUGUCAAGAUGGCGGCAGUCGCCUUUGCUCCGAGCAUGCCCUCGGGAACGAGCAUCGCGUUUCUCCAGUACACGCAAGGCAUGGCUGCGGCGUUCGACGCGCUGAAUUUGGAAGGCCUCUCGAGCAAGUUCCCCAUUCAGUUCUACGACCCCCACAUGAACGUCACUACUGCCGGCCUCGCCAACUUGUCGUUCAGCAACAACUCGCACUUCACUAGACAGCUGGUCCAAGCCGGAGAAAGCGUCGACAACUUCCUCGUCUUCGUGGGAAUUUGCCUGCUGCCCAUCAUCUACGUCGUCUUCACGGCGAGGGCGAAAGAAGCCAUGUACCCGACCAUCAACCAGCUGGUGUCGAUCGAAGGCCUUCUACACGCAGACCUUGGAGUGGCACUAACUCUGGAUAUGCUCGACAUCGUCAUCAUGUUCCGCGACGCCUUUAGCCGCUACAGCAAUGCACGGUGGUGGGGCAGUGACCCGGUGAUGAAGUGGAUUUGUUUCGCGAUGGUGAUUGUCACAAUUGUGGGCGUGGUGUGCCUCGGUUUUGCGUUUCCGACGCGGUCGAUCGACAGUCCGGCGAGCGCGUCGCUGUCGCAAACGGACAUGUUUAUUUCGGCCAAGUACGCCUUUCUCGUGGGUCUUUUCAUCGUGGACAUCCCGUUCCUCGCACUCCGCAUUUACUGGAUCGUCGCGACAGACACGAUUUCCUUCUUUCUGUUCAAAAACGUGUAUUCGCUGCUGACGCGCCCUCUGCGGCUGAACCAGUGUCGGCUGGCGGAGAGGGAAAAGGCCAAGGGAACACAAAAGACCUUCUACGACCAAGACGUGCUCCCAGAGUACAGGGAAGAAGACGAAAGCGAAGACGCGGAGGAGGAGAAUUCCGACGAGCUUCACGAGGAAGACGAGGAGCCGCUUCCGGCUGCGCGUCUCCCUCCGGGGCUCGCGACUCUCGCCGGACCCAUGCCGGGAGCUGGAGGCCCACCGGGAGUGGGGCCUGGGGGCGGCGUCAACGCGCUGGCACAUGGUCAGUGCCUGCCGCAGCCUCAGUCCUUCGACCCCAUCUAUGGCCAUCAUCCAGGACAAGCGGUGGGGGUCGGACUGCCUGCCUUUGGGCGAGGCGGCCGAGCGUCCGCCGCUUCCGCGCCGCAGGGGGCCCCGGGCCUGUCAGGGACCCACCCUGCGACCGCAGGCGGAGGAGGACCUGGAGGCCCAGGCUACCUCGGGAGGGCGACCAGCACCGACGGGCAGGGUAAGUUGCAGGGGACGGCUCCGGCAGACCUGCCGACCUGGCCGCCGGUUCCGCCGAGCGGCGCUUCUGGGCAUCCGGGCCUCGACGUAUACGGCGAUGCAGGCGGAGGCGCGAGUCCAUAUCCGCUGGUCGGGACACGAGGCGUCGGCCCAGGCGGCGUCCAUGGCGCAGGCUUGCCGUCGGUCUACCAGCAAGCGAGCAGCGGGUCUCUCAGCCUUCCAGGCCCUGGGCAGGGGCCGGCGAGUGCAUCCAUCAAAGGAGGCCCGCGAGGUUUCUGGAGGCGAUUCUCCAACUCGCGCCUUUCCCGAAGCAGCACGCUGGAAGCAGGCGGCAUCGCUGGCGGGGUCCCUGGGUCGCUUGGGCCGCGCGCCCCCUCGUGGUACCAGUUCGACGGUUUGGCACCUGGCGGCCGAGGAGACGGAGACAGGUCCAGCGGCCUGCCGAUGCCGCACCAUGGGGGACACUACCUGACAGGAGAGCAAGGAGCGGGUGUGGGGGGUCCCUACGGCGUGCUGGCGAGAGGGCCAGGAUUCCAGGAGGGUCCCAGCUCCCAUUUCUUUUAUGGGGGAGGCCCAGGGACAGGCCCGGCAGCCGCGUUCACGAGCACUGUGGGUCUGCCCGGGCCUGUGUCGCCGGCGAGCGUGGCGGGGGGCCAUGGACACCAGGGUGGAGGCGGCGGCAUCAGCGUGGGUGGAAUCCGGCGACGAAUCACCGGCAGCUUGCUGCACAAGCGCUACAGUGACAUGGGAUCCGACGGGUCUGGAACGCAGGGACCGCAGGAGACAGCUGCCUACCGACAAGGCUCCAUUGCAGAGCCGUGGGCAGGCGGGAGUCCGAGACAGAUGGUUGGGCGACGCGCGAGCGCGUCUCCGGUGGCGCCGGAUCGUUCUCGCGCCAAGGGCCCAACUCGGCGCGAGAGGAGGUUGCUGCGAGAUCUGCAGUACGUGCGCGGCAUUCCGGUGCCCAGCAUUGGCUUCUGGGCCUCUCUGUAUCGCUUCUUCCUCAUUCUCUUCAUCGGCGGACGGCAGGGCCUCAAGACGGUGCUUGACGAUGUCUUUCAGCUGACCUGGUGUCAGCAGCUCCGCAUGCUCCUUGCGCCCGUUGGCUUCCACGCCAUGCAGGGGUGCCUCAUCGCCAUGAUUGCCCUCUCUGUCCCGGUGUCGUGGAAGCAGUUGCCCGGAAUUGCAGCGUGGGAUGACUUUUUCCCCGUGGCUUCCUGGGAAACUCUGUCGACUGUCGAUCACACAGCCGUCGUGAUCAUCGGCGUCUCCUUCGCCCUCGAACUGGUGGCCUUCGUCUUCACUGCGCCUUUCCUCGACACCUUCUUCGUGUCCAUCGGCACAGUGUGCAGACUGCUUAGUGAAUACCUUGUCGUUCGAUCGAUUGCCAUCAGCUUCGCCCAGCAACUCCCGGCCUCGCCAAAAGUGGAAAACGGGAGCCGCUAUGUCGGCUUUGUGGUUGUUGCUCUGUUCAUCAUCCGCCCCGUUUACCAUCUUCUCAUGCUUAUCGUCCCAGGCGUCUACGCGUUGUGUGGCAAGCGGCUCAUGACGUGCAGACGCGAAAAGAAGAAGGGUUACGAGCCGGUCGCGAGCGGCGAGGAGUGGAGGACCGGCGUGGGUCGCCGAGAAGUGUACUCUGUGUCCAACGCUUUAAACUUCAUUAUCUGCCGCCAAUUUCUAGCUCCAAUUUCGUACAAUAGUCUUUUGGUCGGCCCGGAUGUGAUGAAGGGAAUACGACUACUAGACAACAUGGUGCACGCGCAGUUCUGCGACAUUUUGAUUACAAUUGGAGUUCAGUUCUACGCGCUGUCAAUGCACAUGAGCUGGUACGACGUUGGGGUCUUUCUCGCGCAUGACGUCUUCCUAGGCAUCUACGCCUUGGUAGGUCAGGCAAUUCGCAUUCUCGCUCAGCGGCGCUUCGAGUUGAAAAUCCUGCUCGAGGAACUCGUUUUGCAGAGAAGCGACGACUUCCGCUUACCUGGGGACGAAGACGAAGAGACCAGCGACGAGGACGAUCUCAGCAGUAAAGGGAGGAAAAGGGACAAACGAAAAAUUGGUUUCGUCACCAUCGCCGACAUCGACGAAGAGUAUCAAACUGAGGGCUUCUUCUCUUCACCUGGGUGCAUCUUCCCACAAAUUUUGUAGUAAAGCACCGAAAAAGUGGAAGCGAAGUCAAACGCUUCAGGCGUGUGUCCCUCCGUCGCCCGCGGACGAAAAAGUGCCCUCUUUCGAGGGCAGCUCUGGUGAACUGGGGGAACUGAGCAUUCUGGCGUGAACGCUCGAAGAGUCAAGUACCUUUGUCUAGAGAUAGGGCGCCUGCGCAGAGUUGUCGCGUGGAAAUCGAUUCCGCCAAAUGUCUGAUGGGACAGCUUUAGGGACCACGCAAGUCAAAAGUGGAGAAAAAGGCACACAGUUCGCCAGGUGUAAUGGCUUGGCGACAGGUAAAACCAGUUGUGCCGUGGUGAUGGUUGCGUCUUAACGAGUGAGAGGAUGUGCCGGUGCGUUCAUGGCGCGCACCAUCCAAUAAGCGAAAG